AUGGCUCAUUACAAAGGAGCUGCAUCUGAGGCUGGUAGGGCUAUGCACUUAAUGAAGAAAAGAGAAAAAGCCCAGCAAGAAAUAGAACUACGUAAGAAAAAAAUAGAAGAAGAUUUGAAGAUAGACAACAUCGAAAACAAGUUUGCUACCCAUUAUGAUGCUGUAGAACAACAAUUGAAGAGUUCAACUAUAGGUCUAGUCACUCUUGAUGAGAUGAAAGCAAAGCAGGAACAUAUAGUUCGAGAGCGAGAGAAAAAACUAGCGCAGAAGAAGGCAGAAAAAGAAAAAGAGAGACAAAAAGAAAUUGAAGCGAAACAAGCACAGAAAAACAAACAAAAGAGACAGAUUCAAGCAUUAUCAUUUGACAUUACUGAAGAGGAAGAGGAUGAGGAAGGUAACGAUGAUGAUGCUGCUUCAUCGGCUGAUGAGAAAACAGAUGUGAAGAAUUGGAGAGAAAAGGAAGAACCAUCAUUAAAAAGAAUAAAGAAGAAUCCUGAUGUAGACACUUCAUUCUUGCCAGAUAGGGAGAGAGAGGAGGCUGAUCUUAAACUACGUGAGGAAUUACGAUUAGAAUGGGUUAUGACACAAGCCAGUCUCAAGGAUGAACCCAUCACAGUUACCUUCAGCUACUGGGAUGGUUCAGGACAUAGAAGGAAUGUGACCUUGAAAAAAGGUAACUCCAUAUAUCAAUUUUUACAAAGAUGUUUAGAUACAUUACGUCCUGAAUUCAGUGAACUGAAAACAGUGUCUGCUGAUCAGCUGAUGUAUGUCAAGGAAGAUCUCAUAUUGCCCCAUCACUAUACAUUUUAUGAUUUUAUAGUUACUAAGGCAAGAGGUAAAAGUGGCCCUCUGUUUCAAUUUGACGCUUCCGAUGACGUCAGACUAGUCAAUGAUGCCACACAAGAGAAACAGGAUUCACAUGCUGGCAAAGUAUUAUUAAGAUCCUGGUACGAAAGAAACAAACAUAUCUUCCCGGCAUCAAGAUGGGAACCUUAUGACCCCACGAAAACCUAUUCCAAAUACACCAUCAAGGGAAAGUGA